CUAGUUGUAUGACGUUUGACGUGACGGAUGUGUAAUACAAUAGAUUGCGCAUAAAAGUAAAUUAUAAAUAUUUCCAUGUUUUACCCUUAAGAACCAAGAAAGUAUGGCUAAAACAAAAGUGACCGGCGCCACUAGCAGGCUAAAGCAAGACUACUUGCGGCUAAAAAACGACCCAGUGCCGUACGUUACUGCGGAACCUGUGCCGUCAAACAUUCUGGAGUGGCAUUAUGUGGUACGAGGACCCGAGAAAAGUCCAUACGAAGGUGGUUACUACCAUGGGAAAAUCAUAUUUCCCCGGGAGUUUCCGUUUAAGCCGCCGUCGAUCUACAUGAUCACGCCCAACGGCCGCUUCCGAACCAACACACGUCUGUGCCUCAGCAUCACGGACUUCCACCCCGACACUUGGAACCCGGCGUGGUCUAUCUCAACCAUCCUAACGGGCCUGCUAAGUUUCAUGCUAGAAAAAACACCCACCUGGGGUUCCAUAGAAACAUCAGAUUACCAGAAACGGUGUAUGGCAGCUGAAUCUCUGGAAAUUAAUAUAAAAAACAAGAUGUUCUGUGAACUAUUCCCCGAAUUUGUGGAGGAAAUUGAACAACAGCUGAAGGAGAGACAGGAAGCUAUGUUGCAAGCGGAGGAGGUCCCGGGUAGUGAAAGUGAAGUGAUGACAGAGCAACAGUCCAACAUGUACUAUAUUAUGACAAAUUUGUUUGUUCUUGUGGGUUUCAUCUUCCUCGCAUAUAUGGUGAAAUACGUCCUAGUCUCUAUAUCCAAUGACUAGACAAUUAAAUAUUGCUAAAUUUAAUGUAAAUAUUGUAAUUUAUUUUGUAUAUAGGUACUUAUUCCACUGAAAGUGUACAAUGAAUUUCUUUGCAUCUGCACAUUCACAUUCUGUUCAGUGCUCCAUGUAUUCUAUCUCACUGUUGUAAUCAAUUUGGCUGUUAGCUGUUGCUAAUCUAAUAGUGGAGCAUUCCAUGAAAUUGUCUACCGUUGUCCCGUACAAACGCGAAGUUUCUGAAGAUUUAAAGGUAUUAAGAGUUUUCUUUUCUAUGACAAAUGGUCAAAAAUAUGCACAGAAAAAUAAUUGUCUGCUUUAAAUGCCGAGAAAAGUCACAACACAGGAAAUAAAAUGUGUUUGUACGGGACAGCCCGUGGAAUGCUCCUAGUGUGCAUUACUUUUGUUCCUUGUCUUUUUCGUUCAGCAACUACCUAUUCUUAACUUUCUAAUUUACUGUUAGAGCUGUUAACUAACGUAAUAUCUCUAUGUUACCUAUUUAUUAAUUGCUUUCAUAGUAUUCUAGAUAGAUGCAACCAUUUAUGAACACAGUUGCACAAACAUGAAUUAACCCGUGGAGUGCCCUACUGUCACUUGUGUGAUAGUAAUUAGUAUAGGAGUUCCAUACUACUGUGAUUCUGCGGUGCUCUAAGGGUUAAAUUUUAAUAGGUACGGCCAUGCAUCCUUGCAUUGCAUAUGAUCUGAUGAUUUCACUUUGAUUGUUUGUGCAAGUAACUAUGAUUAUCUGUAAGAUAAUUUCAUUAGUAUCGAAAUUGCAUUUACUAUUCUAUCAGAUCUUUUACUAAGUAUUUACUGUAGAGAAGGAUUGCAGUACCUUCACUGCCAGCAGCCUCUUAGUCUUUGGAGGUGGUUUAGACAUGCGCAACCUGAUUUGUAUUUAUUACCGCCGCAAAAUGUUUACUUGGGAUCUGGUACCAUAUCAGUGUCAGCAUGGAAGAGUGACUGGUAUUGUCAAAAUUAGCUAAAUACAUUGUAGGUUGAAGGACAGUGAAAUCUUGCCGUCGAAAGUGUGGAACUGACUUAGUAGCUGUGAUGAAAGCACAUAAUGUGCAAUUUUGCAUAUAAUUUGACAAUUUGGCAAAUGAAAUUUGCAAUCCAUACUUUUGCCCAGGGAUGCUACCAGGAACCAAGACUUAUUUAUUUUGUGAUUAGUUCCCGACUCGCCAAAUUCCUGUUUCGUCAGAUUCUGACAUAUUUACGUGAAUCUGGCGAAUAGGUAACUAAUUUCAUUUGUUUAUUUGAUCAUGAUGAAUGGUGAAAUGUUUGUGUUGGGUAAUUAGCUUGUUAAAUAACAAUUUAACUAGUAACAAUGAAUCAAUACAACUGAAUGUAUAAUUUUCAGCUGAAAAUUUGUAGAUAAUAUUGUUUAAAUAAAGCAUUGAGUAAAGUGUUGAUAUUUUUCUAUUUUAA